AUGCAGCGGGUUGGGAGCGGCCUCUCCAACGAGAAGCAGGUGGCGGCGUUCCGCCGUCCCAGCGUGGCCCUCGCUGAACAGAACCAAGUGGCCAGGCUACCGGUGCAGCUACUCAGGGACCAUCUGGCAGCUGCGCAGGAGGACCACGCAGAGGGCGGUUUCCAACUGAAGGUGGAUGCCCACGGCUUCACCCCGGAGGAGCUGGACGUGCGGGUCGAUAGCGGGCGCCUGAUGGUGACCGGCCAGCAGCACCUGGAGAGCUGUGGCCCAGACGGGGGCAGCUUCUGCGUGACGCGGAAGGUGCACCGGGAAGUGCAACUACCGCCCGACCUAGAUCCUUCCGCCAUGACCUGCUGCCUGACCCCCUCUGGCCAGCUGUGUGUCCGAAGCCAGUGCUGGGCGCCGCCUCUCCCGGAAGCCCGUAUAGGGCCGUCUCCCAGACUCAGGGGCCUCAGCUCUAACGGUUCCAACCUAGCCUGA